AUACCGUAUCAGGAAAGUGCACACUAGGAUGUAUAUUAUAUUUAGCUAACGGUGAUGUUUAGGCUGUCUCGCCAGCUGCCUGAUGUGUACAGUAAAAAAUGAAGGCGGUGACUGUUGUCUUCUACUUCUGGGUAGUCCACACAAUGUAUCAAGGGUUUGCAAAGCCUGUACUGUAUACCACGUCAGAUCCUGCCGUCAUCGGACGUCCAUUCACGUUCGUCUGUACAUGGAGUGAAAUCGAGGCGAGUCGCCCGAACGCAACACAUGUGACAUGGGUCAGAGACAUUGACAAUAGAACAAGAACGGAUAUUAAAACGUGCACAGAUGAGACACUGAUUGAUGUUGGACAUAAUAUGACUGUCGGGUAUGGGUACCUGUACCAGAGUCUGACUGUCUGGAACAUCGCAUCCAAUGACACUUGGUACUGCAAGAAAGGGAACCUAUAUAGUAACGGCUCAACAGUUACAGCACUAACAGAAGACAAAUUUUUCAUGUCUACCGAUCAACCAGUAACUGGCGUGGGAUCGACCUUCACCUUAGCCUGUUCAUCAAAUAGAUACAAUCUGUCCUUAACUUCCUGGUACUUGGAUGGUAAACUGUGCUUUACACUCGGAGAGUCAUGUAAGAUAGACUUACAAACUCAUUGUACCAAACUAACCCAGAAUCUGACUGAGAAUUGCACUCGUCAGUACCACGCGGUCACGUUUUACAACACUUCAGUCUCCAACCACAACACACUGUGGAGCUGCAAAAUCGCAGGAACGCACAGCAACUCAGUAAGAGUUAUCGUUCUUGAUACAGAUUUCAGGAGGAACGUGACAAUAUCAGGCGAAAAGGAGACCGGAAGUGACUUCUCUGGCAACUUUACCCUCACCUGCAGCGGAGGAUGUCAGGAGAGAGACAACUUCACCUGGACUGUUGUCAGUGUUCCAAGUGUAGAUCAGAGCACGUCUAUCAUGGAGUAUGACAGGUGUAACGGACUGUGCCAUCAAAACAUAACGCUGUACGCUGAUGACCUCAUACAAGACAUACACGUGACCUGCUCGGUGUCGGACAACAGUGGAAGGGGGAGCACAUACGUCUACAGGUUUUCUGGAGAGUCGUCAACUGUCUCAAAUACGUUGGUUACACAAGAAGCGAAGUCCUGGCAUAUAUAUGUUGGCGUAGCUGUUGGAGGUGUCGCUAUCUGCGCUGUUGUGGUCGCCACUGUUGCAUUCGUGCGCAAAAGACGCGUGCCACAAAGUUCCUCAGUCCUACAGAUGAGGAACGUAUUGUACGAGCCGGGAGAACCGUACUUGCAGAAAUCAGCAGGCAAUACAACAAAAGCAGUGAUGGAGGACAACUUGCUGUAUGAGAGGACAAGUGACACAGUGACCCAAGCCACAGACAAAAUAGUCAUGGAGGAAAAUGUGCUUUACGAGAUGGAGGACAACAAUUUGGGAAAAAAAUGAAGAGGUUACAGAACAACGAGUAACUAUCGUCAACGUGUUAGAUGAAGAAUGAUGCCAUUUUGUUAUGGAUAUACAACUUGUUUAUUCGGUAUAGGCGACGUUUCGACAUAGAUUCUAAUGGCGUUGUCAUGCAAGCAGUGAUAAUACAGAAUCUAUGUCGAAACAACUGUAAAGUUGUAUAUCCAUAAAAAAUGUCCUCAUGUCAUCUCCGCAGCCUCUAGACGAACAAUGAUUACCUAACGUCAUCAGAAAACAGGCAACAACAUCUGGCGUCUUUUAGUCAGCGUGUUUUAGUGUUAGUGUGUCUGAUUUGCCAAUGAUGGAGGAGCAACUACGUAAAAUAAUAACCCACGUGUCUCACUUGUUUAGAUUUGUAAGCUGAAAUGAGAUGACAUGGGGUUUACCGACGCGCGUACAACUACUGGGGUGUGUGGUUAUGGGGCUAACCAAAUGAUAUACGCUCUUCCACCUAUACUAAGCUGACUGGUCUGUUUUAUUCCCUUAUUCCACCCCCAGGCGGGGCAACAACAAGUAUCUUAAGAUACAGUCAAAUCCCGAUGAGUUGAAUGCCGGUGUCUCGAAUAUUAUGCUUAACUCGAAGUACCUGUCGGUCACGACCAUUCCCUGUUAUAGUUGUCAUCAUUUGA